ACAAGCGCGCAUACACCCAAAGGCGGGGUGGUGACAGGUGCGUCCCAUCAGACUGGUCUGCAAGCGCCACACACGGCCGAGGAUCUAGGAGAAAAGCCACAGCUCAGUCUGUAGACUGGAAAAGGAUGGCCAACUUUAAGGGGCAUGCACUGCCAGGGAGCUUCUUUCUGCUGUUUGGGCUGUGGUGGUCCGUGAAGGCGCCUUGGAUACGGUGCUGCCGGCAACGCUUCAUCACAGGAAGGAAGAAACCACCUUCUGUCUCCCGGAAAAUCGAUUUGAUUGAGGGAUCGUUGAAAGUUUUUUUUGCCUUUGUUGGCAUUAUGGCAGAACAGUUUGUCCCAGAUGGGCCGCACGCCCACUUGUACAAUGGCGGCUGGGUCAAACUGAUGAACUGGCAGCACAGCACCAUGUAUCUCUUCUACGGCCUCUCUGGCGCAGCCGACAUCCUCUGUGCCACCUCACGCUUCGCCCCUCAGGGCCUCGACCGCAUGGCGCUCGCUCUCGCUCUGUUUGUGGAAGGAUUUCUGUUUUACUACCACCUGCACAAUCGUCCUAUGCUGGACACGCACGUGCACUCUCUCCUGCUGGUGGCAGUGUUUGGUGGCGCCGCCAGUACGGCUUUGGAAGUCUUCCUCAGGGAGAAUGCUGUACUAGAGAUCCUUAGAUGCAGCCUGGCCAUCCUUCAAGGCUCCUGGUUCUACCAGAUUGGCUUUGUGCUGUACCCACUUAGUGGACCGGAGUGGGACCAGACCGACCACAACAACAUGAUGUUCAUAACCAUGUGCUUCUGCUGGCACUAUGCUGUAGCGCUGCUCAUCACUGGUGUGAACUAUGCAGUUGUCUGGAGGGUUGUGGGGAGCUGUGUCAACAAGCCAACGUCUAAUAUGGAGAUGGGACUCAGAAAAAACACUGUGGAUAGCUCACAGAAGUCUUUACUUCAGGAAUCGGAUGAGGAGUGAAGAAUGAAAAUGCAAUUUGCAAGUUGAUGUUUCUGACUAAAUCAUAAAGAUUAGAAUUCAAUUGUAGAAUUGAGUAGAAUGGUGUGGCCUUUGGAAUUUGACCACAUUACUUUAACUUUUACCUUAACAUAAAGUUUUGUCAUUCUGCCAUUGUUUUAGUGGUCCUCUGUAAGCAAUUACAAACCUAGCACUGUGUCCAUUCUGAAUUUGCACAUCAUUCAUGCACUAUGUCCACUCUGUUCUGAGUAUAUUGGUCUUUAUUCAUAAAGACAAAUCAUGUACAUAAUUGUGAUGUCAUUAAAGCCCUGUUUUUAAACUGA